AUGAAAGAACCGCUACCAGUUCCAACGCUUCCUUACGCAGCUAAUCCCCAGGGCUCUAUGGGAAUGUACCAGAUACCAGCUUCAACAAUGCAGCAAUAUCCUCAAGUAAGAAUCCUAAAAGCGUUCGUUAAUUUAUUCUUGUUUCUUUUUCAUUCACCUUUGGUGGUUUGCUAGCCCUAUAGCUUACCGUUUAAAGCCAAACUUCUAGUUAUUUAUAGUUAACCGAGUGUAAUCUUUCCGCUCUGUGCAACAGAGAUAGCGCAGUCUAGAAAAUGUCUGUGAUGUGACUCUUUAACAGACAAUUUCAAAGUAUUCCUAUACAAUGGAACCUCUCUUUUGGGACACCUCUAUGCAAGGGACGCCUCCAUUCAGGGGACACAAAAUUAGGUCCCGGAAAAAAUAUUCCCAUAAUUUUUGUAUCUGUCACUUAUUGAAGGGACAGCUCUACCUUAUUAUAGGAAAUUAACGCUCCAUGAAAUUACCGCGAAUCGUUGAAAUUCGCGUUAAUUUAAGUCGCGUUAAUUUUGUUGAGCGUUAAUUUCCGCGACGUUAAUUAAGUGCAGCGUUAAUUUCCAGUAUUUUAACCCCAAUUUUGAAACCUGUCCAGACAUUCUUGACACCUAAAAAACAUUAACUACAAGCUUUCUUUCUUUCCAUUGACCCUUUAUUUUUCAUCUUUCACAAAAGCCAAGGCGAAGGUUUACAAUAUUUCGAGUCCAUCUUCAUCGGUGUCACUGUCAGAAGUGAUGUCAAUAUCUUCUCCUUUGAUUUCGGUCAAGAUAAUCGCGUUAAUUUCCUUUUUAUGAAAUUCUACCUCCUCUUUCGCGUUAAUUUUCUUUAUACGAAAGUCGUUUUCUAUAAAAUUCGCGUUAAUUUAAGUCGCGUUAAUUUCCAAUACCUUAAUUUCAUGGAGCGUUAAUUUCCUAUAAUAAGGUAUUCAAAGGAAAGGGACACUUUUUCUGGGUCCCAAAACCUAGGUGUAACCUCCAUUCAGGGGACACCUUAGCACUCAAAUCCUGACUGACCACAAAGAGGGUAUGAGUCAUUAUGCGAUUUUAGCCAGCAAACGCGUUAAACACGAUUGUAAGCAUUUUCUUUUCCCAUUCCUAAAAAGAGGUUCCAUUGUAAAAAUUUCAGAAAAUUUCACUAAGACCAGAAUGAACUGCCGAACAUUAAGUAUACCGUGCAGAAAAUUUUCCAGAACCUGAAAGUAAGAAAUUCACAUUAAAAUUUCAAUCUGCAUGGGAGUGAUAGAAUUUUAGUGACUAAAACUCUAUCACUCCCAUGCAGAUUAAAAUUUAGUGGUAUUUGAUUUGAGCCUCUUGGGUUCAACCAUAAUUAAGUUUGGUGUUGUGGGAUUGCAUACAUUGAUUUGUUUGAUUAGUAAAUAACCUCACUGCUCCCUCGCUCUAGUCUCGAUUUUUUUUUUCAUUUUCUUUCGUUAUUUAUGGUCCCAGGUCCCUCAAAUGUAUGUUCCGCCGCCGGCAGGCUAUCCCCAGGUCUCCCCUCCUGCCUCUCUGCAGUACGUGAGUGAUCCUAGUGCGACUGCUGUGGUAAGUGAAUAAAGUAAAGGACCUAAACAGUUAUGAGGUACCAGUAACUUUAGCCUGAGAAAACAGCUACACUUCGCGACGUCUGUUCUAGUUUUCCCAGGAUGUGACGUCUGAAAAUGGAACGUAGGAAUCCCUUACUGACGGCGCCUCACUACCCAGAUCUGGGAAGUGCUUCUGAUUGUUAAAGCAAAAUUCCCGCGCGGCACGACCAAUCAGAAGCACCACCCAGGUCUGGUAGGAACGCCUUCUGCGCUUGUUUCUCAGACGUCAUUUCGCGGGGGAAACCAGUGGUGGCGCCGCGAAAUGUCGGCUGUUUUCUCUUGCUACAGUAAUUUUCGGUUCGUUGUUAACACUCCUUGUGACAUCCUGGCCAUUCUCGUGUACAAAAAGUAUUAGGAUGUGCUUGGGUAAGGGUACGUUAAUGGUUAUCACAAGUCAGAAUUUACCGAGAAAAGUGUCAGAGAUUGUAAUAUACAAUAGUAUGAGGAUAGUGUAAAGAAUGUACUAUUCUUGGUUUUGCAACCACGUGGUAAGGCAGCCAUUUUGGGCGUCAAUACAACAGAAUGUUUUCUUGACGAAGGAUUUACAUGAAACUGGAGUUUAGUUCCCAGAGGAAAGAAAUGCUUUUAUUCUUGACCACCCACAUGGCCGCCGUGACGUCACGUGCGAACCAGCAAUAUGGCGUCCUUACGUGUCGGCUCCGUCUUCGCAUACAUUAGUAUACGGGACUCAUUACAACCUGUUAUAUUUGUUAUUUUAUACAAUGCAAAUUUGCGAGUGUAUUACACGGCUUCAAUCUCCUUUACAUUAGGUUGAGGUGUUAAUAGACCAUUUCCGAGCUUCUCCAAGCGUCUGGUUCAAUGUAAGACUAAGCGCGAAUCCGUUGAUAUGAAAAGGAUUUCUUAUUCUCAUGCAAAUAAAACUCGUUUUCACAGGAAUAGUUUGGACUUAGCCUCGUUUUGCAAGUGAGGGUUGUUAGAAUUCUCAUAGCCUGUGCCCCCUACCCCGUCUCGACGCCCGCUAGGUUGGCUAGAUCUCUGACCGUAUUCCUUGGGCUUUGGAUUGAUCGCAACCAUAGUUUGAUACUUUAUCUGACACUGCUUCAGUUUGCGUAUAUUUGUGCAAUUUUCUUUUAGGGUGCUGCAUACUCCAAUCAAGGUCCUGUGCAGCCCUACGGAAGUCAUGCGCCAAGUCACGUGACAUCCGUGCCUUACCAGCCCUCUCAACUCAGCCAAGGACAUGGUCCGUCCCAGGCCCCUCUGCAACCACCGACCAACUCGCACCAAGGGUUCGCAAAUCAACAGCAAGUACUACCUCAGAUACCCUACCAACAGAUUUCUUACCAACAGGGGGUCCCUGGGGCACCGCCCGAGUACCCAUCCCAAAGUGCACCGCAAGAUUAUUCAUCGCAGUACUUCACACAGGCAAGCAUGGCAGGCUACCCGAAUUUUCCCGCUCAACCUCAAAUGGUUUAUUCGCAGCAACCGUUGCUCUGA